ACAUAGCUGACUGUCUUCCAAGUCCCUGCUUUGGUGAGCCCAGGAGGAAAACCCCUAAACCCUCAAAUCCAAAACUGGAAGUGGGCGAAUCCGCAGCAGACCAAAGAAACCACAACUAGUCGGUGAGUCCCUUCCUGUUUACUCCAAGGUUGUCUCUGAUUGUGUUCUCCAAUUAUGUUUGGAUUUUGUUUUAGAAGAUUGCAAUCACUAGUUCCAAGCUGUAGCAGCAUUUCUGUUCAGUCUUCAGCAACCCGUUUUCAAAAGGCUUCUCCUUUUAGCAGAUUGUAUUCAUCAUUAUUGUCUGUGUCUGAAAUAGAUGAUGUGAAACCAAAAGAUGCAAAAGACCAAUCUUUUACAGUUUCAUACCUCAUAAACACAAUUGGGUUCCCCCCAGAAGUUGCUCUUUCUUUGUCAAAGAAGCGACGGGUGCGCUUUAGAUCCCCUAAACAACCAGACUCGGUCAUUAGGCAUCUGAAAGAUUAUGGCUUUAGUGAUACUGAUGUCUCCCAAAUGGUUAAGAAACACCCAGCCCUUCUUUUAGUCAGUGCUGAAAGGACACUUGUCCCUAAACUUGAGUUCUUAUGUUCCAUUGGAAUUACAGGAACUGACCUUACUCGGCUCCUUUGCCGCAAACCAGUUCUUUUAAACUAUAGCCUCGAGAUAAGUCUCAGACCUUGUUACAAUAUCAUCAAAACUCUACCUAUUGGUGAUGGACAGCUUGGUCUCUUCUUGAGGAACUGGUGUCGGAUAUUGAGUGUCAGAGUGCUACAAAAUGCUGCUAGCAAUGUUGCAUAUCUGAGAUCACUUCAAGUGCCAGAAUACUCGAUCUCAUUGUGUGCCUCCUAUUAUCUUUUUGCUGUAUCUCGUGAUACUGCAAAGUUUAAGGAAUAUGUGGGGAAGGUCAUCAGUAUGGGAUUUUCCCCUUCAUCCACAACUUUUGUGAAAGCCGUGUAUGUGUUUGCUCUGAUGAAGGGGAAAAAGUGGUCAGAAAGGUUGAAACAUUACAGGGAGUGGGGAUGGGCUGAAGAUGAUGUACUGACUGCGUUUAGAAAGAGUCCAUCGUUUAUGUUCUUGAGUGUGGAGAAUGUUUCCAUUAAAUUGGAUUUUUUUGUGAACAAUAUGGGUUGGCAGCCAGCCGAUAUAGCUGAACAUCCCGCUGUUCUAACUUAUAGUAUGGAGAAGUGGAUCAUACCUAGGUGUUCGGUCAUUAGAAUUCUGCUGUUGAAGGGCUUAAUAAGGGAGGGAGAAUAUUCAAUUGCUUCCUUGAUGUUGAGGAGAGACCCUUUCUUGAAUAGGUUUGUGAACAAGUAUCAAGAACAAGUACCUGAAUUGUUGAGCAUCUAUGAGGGAAAAUUGGUCUAGCAGAAUUGGGCUUAGGAUUUAUUGAAAAAGAUGGGGUGAAACAAAUGUAGGAUAAUCUUGUUAUUCAUUUUUGUGUUUUGAUGUUUUAGAGGCAUAAGAACUGAUGUUUCAGUUAUUUGAGUUCUGUUGUCAACUUGUCAUAGUAUAGAUUUAGUCAAGUUUUAUCGCAGCUUUGGCAUUACCAUGGGCUUUUUACCUUACCAGGAGUGAUUUUUUUUAAAAAAAUCUUUAUGAACACAGCAAUGUACUUUAUGUUGUCAUAAUCUGAGACUAUGCACGCUUGAAAGUUUAAACAAUUGAUUUAUUGCACUGUAAAUUGGCAAUUGGAUU